AUGGGCUUGGGGUUUCAAUGGACGAGACAUAAUUCAGGUCAGCUGGAUGUGGAACAAUCACCAGGGGCUCGCUGGUUGCGUGAUAUUUUACUCUCAUUCCCCAACUGCAGGUCGUUCACUGUCCAUCUCGACUACGGAUGGAACGAUUCGUCGGAACAUUCUCGCUUAGGUCCCAGUGACGGUAUAACCAUAAUCAUGGACAUCGUUGCGGAGACCGGCAUCCCUGUCAGAUCCUUUUCUGUGUACGCCCAUCCGAGCAGUAGCGGAUUUGCCUUCAAUAAUGUCGACCCACGCUGCCUUCAAUUCGACAUCCUCAAAGACCCGGCCUUCAUCAACAGCUGGGCCCAGGUUGAGAAGCUAAAGUUCCACCACAAUUUCGUUCCCGGCAACAUCGGAGAAUGGGUAGCCAGUGUCAUCACUCUUGCCCCAAGACUCAAGACGCUAGAGAUAGGUUUUGACUACACCCCCGACGCACAGGUAAUUACGACCCGUCUAUCGUCCGGACCAGUGGUACUUUCUGAAUUGCGAGAGCUCGUCCUUACCGAAGCAUCCGAGAUUGAAUGGGAUGAGCUUCUAACACUUCUUCGCUUUACAUGCCGCACUCUGCGAUGCCUUACGCUGCAGCGCCUUCAACUGAAAGGCGGCACUUGGAUCCCUCUGCUUGCUCAACUUUAUCAGUUCCCUUUGCUAGAGGACCUUACCUUGUUUUGGUUAAGUACUAGUCAGAAAAGGGUUUUGCAUUUUGUUUCGCUACCGAAAUCCCUCCGCGGGACUCUGCAGGGCGGAAAGCUCAAGCUUGAUCGCAAGCAGUUUCGGGGUAUAUGGAGAACCGUCUAUGUCGCCUAUCGGGGACAUGACAUGCAGGUCUUGUUGAAUGCUCUAUUACAGUCCGCGCGAGAUGAUUGA